AUGGAAAUCUUGUCCUUACAAGUGGGAUGGGGGAAAUUUGUUGGGACGUUUGGUCUAGAGAUGGGUGACACCAUAGUAUUCAGAUACAUUGGGAACUCUCGGUUUAAUGUCAUAAUCUUUGAUGAACUUGGCUGUGAGAAGACCAUACAAACGCAGCCAUUUAGCAUAGGGAAAGGGAUGCCAAUGGAGUCACCACGCCUCCAAAUGGAAAUGGACAAGUCAUGUCAAGACAACAACACUGUGAUAAGUGUUUCCUCCCGCGAGUCAUCAGGAGAUCCUGUCUACUAUGAGGAAGAAUGUGGGGUACGUGAAGUGCCUGGUUCCGAUUUCAACGUCAGGAAGAAGAAGGCCAGGCUAUCUUCAAAUCAGAAGCAGCAGUUGAAGGAUUGUUACUUUACCGGCCGGAAGACCAAACUAACUUCAACUCAGAAGGAAGCGGUGAAGCGGAUGGUCCAAUCCAUAUACUCAGAGAUCCCCAUCUUCGUUGCUGUGAUGCGCAAGUGCAAUGUUGUUGCAGAAUUCUAUCUGACUUUUCCCAUGCACUACGCUAAGAAAUAUCUCACAGAGGAGCCAGACAUGUGUCUUCAGCGGCAGGGCCGGAAGUGGGAGGCGCGGUAUUGUGAAUACAAUGGCGGGGAAAAGCUCACUAUUGGAUGGAAACAGUUUGUAGAAGACAACAAGCUGAAGAUGGGUGAUAUCUGCCUCUUUAAACUGUUGAGCAUUGAGAGAACCAUGAAGGUCUAUAUCAUCAGUGAAAACGUUGCCAAUUAUCGGGCAGGUCUCCAGAAUGACACUGACCGCAAAGCGGUGUUCAGGAGAGGGGCUCAUCAUGCGGAUGGAGCGUGUGAUCCUGACUCAAGGUUCCUUCGCAUCACUAAAACUGAAGCUAUGGAAGAUGAUGCUGUUUUUAAAACUGAAGACGGUGCCUGA